ACAAGAAAAUGUUGGUCCUGUCGACCUUUUCCUUUUUUAUAUUGUCCUCAACAAGAACCUGCCAAGGUGCUGAGGUUACAGUACAAAUUAACCAGACAAUCGUGCUAGCGUGCUCUGCAGCAAAUAAUUCAGAAAAUGUGGAACAUAUCGGUUGGUACCGCUGCCGUACUGCUGAUUGCGAAUCCAAAUGGGACAACUCCCGGAUAGCUCGUGUUGAACGAAUGAGAGAGCCAAUUGUUGAUAACACUGACUUUGACAUUUACGUAAAUGGAACAUUAGUUAUCAAGAGGGUAAAAGCUGUGGAUGAUGGAAAAAUUUUUAUCUGUAAAGCCAAAAGAAACCUGACAGGGGUGGAAACGUCCACCACGAUCCUCAAAAUAGCCAAAGGUAAGCCAGUGACAACGACCACAGCAUCAGGCAUCCCAGGCCGUUCAUCCUCACCACUACCAGAUACCCCAACUUCUUUGUCUUCAUCUUGUCCAGGUCAGGCGGUGAUGACGACUGCAGCAUCAGAUAUCCAAAGUUCCUCAGUUUCACCUUCCUCAAGAAAGGAAGAUCUGGAUUUUGAGACAGCCUUCAACAAAGUCGCCCCUCUAAUCUAUUCCUUAACUGCACUUCUAGUAAUUGCUGUUACAAUCAUUAUUUAUCUGGUUGUGAAGAUCAAGAAGAAUAAGAGGCAUGGUUAUUCCCAUAACCAUGGUUGUAGAUUUGGAGGUGGCAAUGACAAUCAGCAUGCCCUAGAAGAUACCGUUGAAAUUAACCUAGGAGAUUGCCCGAAUGAAGAGGACGGAGGAGAAGAACUAUGA